AAGUCCAACGGACAAACAAGCACCAGAAUCCUCCUUCGAGGCCAUGUCGAAGGAUAAGGUCCACUUGGUGAGGUUCAUUCUCGACGGACUAGAUGGUAAAAUAAUCGACUCCAAAACGGAGGGGGCGCAGACCCCCCUCAUCUCCUCUGUUCUGCUCCCCGACUGUAAGACCAGGUCCAAACCAGGUCCAGAGAUGCUUCUCCAUAGAGGCGCCAGCGUCAAUUGUCAAGACAAGAGUGGCCGCACAGUGCGCUCAGUUACGCGUGUGAUAAAGGUUACCUCGAGGCGGUGAAGAUUUGGGUUAGAAACAAUGCAGAUCCAGAGAUGGUUGACGCGUGGGGGAACACUGCGCUAACGUACGCGGCAGUGACAGGUCACUCACCGGUCGUUGCGUUUUUGGUGAGAGCCUUCAAGAGACUGGGGCUUCAGAUAGAGCGACAGAAUAAAGUUGGUAACUCGGCGGUGGAGGUGUCAAAGUUUCUCGGCCACACAGACUGUUUUUAUGCGCUCACCAGUACCUCAAAGAAAACUCAUGAAAACGGCGUUGGGGGUCAGAAAGAUGGUCCUUCCAACGUCAGCUCGGAUUGUAACGUAAAUGAGGAGAAGUUGGAGUGAAAGUUAUUGGAUCCCAUUAAGAGACCAGACGUUCUUCAGGCGUGUCUCCAAAGCGACAGCUCCACAGCAGUGGACGGGACAUGGCUCCCUAGGGCAUCGGGUUGCAGAAUAAAUUAUCUGAGUCGAUUACUGUCAAUUGAUUCCAUUGAGGAGUUUGAGAGAGAGUUUGACAGCCCUACAUCCCCACAGGGGCUGUUUUUCUCGGUUGUCCAUGACCCAAACCCCCUCCUCGAUCUAACAACCUGACCUGUCCGAAAAACGUCUCUAAGGUCACCAAACCUGGGGGCAAGUUGACCAGCUGACAAUCCCCUGCCUCCUCUUACCAGAGGAUCUGAUCACAUAUCGGUUCUCUAUUCGACCUGGCCGGCCAAAAACACCCUGAAAACAACCAAAAGAUGUGCGUCAAUAUCUGAGCCGACUGCCUCUCGUCUUGGUAUCCUACUAACUCCUAUCACAGGCAACAAAGGCAAAGACGAAUCGGAUAAGGACAAACUGUAAACAGCACCUGACUUUAAUAUGAGGGGAUUUGAUGAUAGUUAUUACCAGAAAAGGUGCAGUUUGCCCACAAGUAUCAGUCCUGUGCCACCUGACCGUUCGAAAAUGCCUUUACGAAAAACCAAAACCACCAACUGCCAACACCGACAUUGCAGAUUUUACACUGCCUGUUGCCAGCUCCUCAACGACUUUAACAGUUUUGGGCAACAAACUGUUACGGAGAUUUACUUUCCCCGCGUUUAAACAGAGCGGGAAGGAGGCGCCGGAGGGCGCGUGUGGAGGAGAUCCCGCCUCAGGUUCAUCGCGAGGAAUGCCGUGUUCAGAGACGUUUCCGCUGUGUACGAAACACCCUCAGGUUGGUAGCAAGCCCAACAUAGACAGCAUAAGCGCCGUGAAGUGCGAGUUGACUUCAAUU